ACGACCUUAAGGAGCAAGCUUGGAGCAAGCACCUCAUUCUCCAUACCGUCAUAUAUAUAUACCUGGUUCUUUUCCCCUCGAUAUUCCUGAUACUCCCAAUGGCGAGCUUUCCCGAUUAUUAUGCACUGCUCAAUGUGUCAAAGACGGCCACCGCCGAGGAGAUCAGACAGGCUUAUAAAAAGGAGUCACUCAGGACUCAUCCGGAUAGAUUUUCCAAUGCCACUGAAGAUGAGAGAAAGACAGCGACAGAAAAGUUCCAAGCCGUAGCCGAUGCCUACUAUGUUUUGUCGGAUCCAGUGCGACGGAAAGAAUAUGAUGCACUAUACUCAUCAAAGCGGGCCGGGGAUAAAAGCAGUGACCCGAAGGCGUCUUCGAAUUUCUUUACGCAGUUUGCCAGCAUGUUUGGAGGUGCAGGCACAGCACCAGCUCAAGAGCCGAGACCUGACGCCGAGAACGUAUUUGCGGACGUGUUUGAAGAGCUGCUCCGUCCGGAGGUUGAACGUCACGCGCCAUGGUGGUCAUACAUUGGCGCCGUUUGUGGUGGCGGAAUGGGAUUCAUAGUCGCUAAUUUACCGGGUCUCAUGAUAGGCGCAUAUGCAGGUAACCGCGUCGGUGCGAUACGUGAUGCCAAAGGUAAGAGUGUUGCUGCAGUAUUCUCCGAACUUGGAGGUAGUCAGAAGGCGGAAAUCCUGCGCGCUUUGGCUGCGAAGGUGAUAGGUGCCACUAUGUAAUAAACACGUUAUAGUAGUAUGCAUCGCACCUACUAGUGUUCUGUUCUAUAUUUAUGUUCAGACCCAUGUACCAGUACUAUUAGUGCACUGUAUCGUUAGAUUGUUUUCCCGUUGUCAUUAGCGAUGAACACCGCC